AUGUUUGUCUUCAAGAGAGAUGGUCGUAAAGAACGCGUUGCUUUUGAUAAAAUUACUGCGCGUAUUAACAAAUUAUGUUAUGGCCUUGAUUUAAACUUUGUUGAUCCAGUAGCUGUCACUCAAAAGGUCAUUUCAGGAGUUUAUCAAGGUGUUAGCACUGUUGAAUUAGAUAAUUUGGCUGCAGAAACGGCCGCGUAUAUGACGACUAAACAUCCGGACUAUGCCGUCCUUGCUGCUCGUAUUGCUGUUUCUAAUCUUCAUAAAGAAACUAAAAAAGUUUUUUCCAAUGUUGUUGAAGAUCUUUAUAAUUAUAUAAAUCCGAAAACAGGGAAACGCGCGUCAAUGAUUUCUGAAAAAACUUAUAAUAUUGUGAUGAACAAUUCGGAAAAACUUAAUUCUACGAUCAUUUAUGAUAGAGAUUAUAAAUAUAAUUAUUUUGGAUUUAAAACUCUUGAAAGAUCUUAUCUUUUACGAAUAGGUGGAAAAGUUGCCGAGCGUCCCCAACAUAUGCUUAUGCGCGUAGCGGUUGGGAUUCACGGAGAUGAUAUCGAAGCUGCUAUUGAAACUUACAAUCUGAUGUCAGAAAAGUUCUUUACUCACGCAUCUCCGACUUUGUUUAAUGCUGGCACACCUAGACCUCAACUUUCGAGUUGUUUUCUUUUAACUAUGAAAGAUGAUUCAAUAGAGGGAAUCUAUGAUACUUUGAAAACAUGCGCAAUGAUUUCUAAGACUGCAGGUGGUAUUGGUGUGAACAUUCAUAACAUUCGUGCGACAGGAUCUUAUAUUGCUGGAACAAAUGGUUAUUCAAAUGGAAUUAUUCCUAUGUUACGCGUUUAUAAUAAUACUGCUAGAUAUGUUGAUCAAGGAGGAAACAAACGUCCGGGCGCGUUUGCUAUUUAUUUAGAAACGUGGCAUCCUGACAUUUUUGAUUUUAUGGAUUUAAAAAAAAAUACUGGAAAAGAAGAAGUUCGUGCACGGGAUUUAUUUUAUGCACUUUGGGUUUCGGAUCUUUUUAUGAAAAGGGUUGAAUCAAAUGAUAAUUGGAGUUUAUUUGAUCCGGCUGAAGCUCCUGGUUUAAUGGAUGUUUGGGGUGAUGAAUUUGAAAAAUUAUAUGAAUCAUAUGAGCGUCAAGGACUUGCGCGAAAGGUCGUUAAAGCUCAGAAAGUCUGGACAGCAAUUCUUGAAUCCCAGAUCGAAACGGGUACACCAUAUAUGCUCUACAAAGAUUCUUGUAAUCGUAAAUCUAAUCAACAAAAUCUUGGUACAAUCAAAUGUAGUAAUUUGUGUACAGAGAUUGUUGAAUAUUCGAGCCCGGAUGAAGUUGCUGUAUGUAACUUGGCUAGUAUAGCAUUGCCCAUGUUUGUUGAAAAUAAAACUUCGUAUGAUUUCAAGCGUUUACACGAGGUUACAAAGGUAAUAACUCGCAAUCUUAAUAAAAUAAUCGAUAUAAAUUAUUAUCCCGUUGAAGAAGCCCGCAGAUCCAAUUUCCGUCAUCGCCCAAUUGGUAUCGGUGUUCAAGGAUUGGCAGAUACUUUCCUUGCUAUGCGUAUUCAAUUUGAUUCUUUACGCGCAAAGGAACUGAAUAAGCAAAUAUUUGAGACAAUGUAUCAUGGUGCAUUAGAAGCAUCAUGUGAACUAUCACAAAAAUUCGGCCCGUAUGAGUCGUAUCAAGGAUCACCGGUUUCCAAAGGCAUUUUACAAUACGAUAUGUGGAAUGUUGAGCCUACUGAUUUAUGGGAUUGGAAUUUGUUGAAACAAAAAAUAUCAGAACAUGGUGUACGAAAUUCAUUAUUGCUCGCACCAAUGCCUACUGCAUCUACUUCCCAAAUAUUGGGCUUUAAUGAAUGUUUUGAACCUUAUACGAGCAACAUUUACCAACGACGUGUUCUCGCUGGCGAAUUUCAAAUUGUUAACCCUUGGUUAUUGAAAGAUUUGGUAGAUUUGGGUCUGUGGAACGAUCAAAUGAAAAAUAAGAUAAUUGCAGACAAUGGAAGCGUUCAGAAAGUUAACGGAAUUCCUGACGAACUCAAAGCAUUAUAUAAAACUACAUGGGAAAUAUCGCAAAAAGUUAUUAUUGAUAUGGCGGCCGAUCGUGGUGCUUUUAUUGAUCAAUCUCAAAGUCUUAAUAUUCAUAUUGCGGAACCGACUAAAGCAAAGUUAACUAGUAUGCAUUUUUAUGGAUGGAAGAAUGGGCUGAAAACAGGCAUGUAUUAUCUAAGAACAAAGCCCGCUGCGGAUGCCAUCAAAUUUACUGUUGACCAAUUGUCCUUAAAAGAAAUUGAAACAACUGAACCUUCUGAUAAUUCUCGAAAUAAAAAUUCGACUUCCGACGCUGCUAUUGCAUGUUCAAUCGAGAAUAAAGAAAAUUGUCUUAUGUGUAGUGGUUAA